AUGGAGGAAGACACCUGGAUGUUUAGCUACAGUUCGGAGGAAGAAUCAACUGAAGGUUAGAUAUCUCCUUUUUUCUGAAGCAGUUUCUUUGUCGUAAAAAUAGUGUUUUUCUUUUCUAUCACAUUUGAGGAUAUAACAACUGUUAUUUGUAAGUAAUUUACUUGUCUUUUUGUUUAAUAUAGAUAACGUGUUUAUCGAUCGUAAUGACCGUGAAGUCUUGACAAUCGAGGCAUCAACCUCAUCAGGUGCGUCAGGCGAGGAAACGCCAAUUCACACAGGUACUGACCUACCCUAAUAACUAGAUUAUAAACCUGCUUUCCAGGUUAGAGUCUGACCGUGCAAUUGGGACUAAAACUCGGUAGAACAACGCGAUGAUGUAUCGCAAAAAGCGUUUUCUUUCUGACUCUGGUUUGAAAAUGAAUAAUAGAUCGAGUUCUGAGUUCUUUCUAACCUAGGCUGUCUGCAGGAGCAGCCAACGACUGAAAGUUUCCGAAUACGCCAGAAAUGUAUCAGAUGGUUUUCUCAGUCUAUGCUUUAGAAGCCUGUUUGUUUAAUUUGGAGUUGCCCUAAAAACUAUUUAUCUGUUCGGAUUCCUUAGAAGAAAUUUGGUCGUCACAAAAGUUUUAAGUGCCUUUUUCGUCUCAUCUCAUCCGUGUCCGCUACCCUUAUGGUUCGGUCGAAAGUUCGAGGACAUUAAGUAGCCUUGCUUUCAAUAGAAAAUUAUAGGGGACAUUUUGUCUUUAUACCGAAAGUUUUGCACCGAGGAGACCUAAAUUAAACAAUAUUCGCAAUAUCUUGGAAUUAAAACUUUUAACACCAAGGUAAAAAAAAUUUUAAAAAAAUAAAAAUGAGAAUAACACAACCUUCGAAACUCGUAGUUAAGCUAUUAGAAAACCUCCGAAUAUUUUAGAAUGCAACGGUUAUCCAGAAAAUUUUAGCUUUUCUCCAGCUUUAGAAAUUUCUAGGCAACAUUUGCUCCUUCCAACAGUUAUUUUAAAGAAAAAAGUCGCUGGGUGCCCUUGUGUCUGUUGUUGUAACAUGCACAAACGCAACAGCGAAGACCCGUACAAGGAUCCUAAUUCCAAAAUUUUGUCAAUAAUAUAGGUGUCAGGCCGGGAAGACCUUCACUAGCGAGUCAAAACCCAGAGAUUGUAGCUGUUGUUAAGGAGUUUAUUGCCCAGCACUCUGCCGCUGCACACAAUAGACGCAGGGAAGACACCGAAUAUUGUCAUGGAGUCAGCAUAGAACAGAUUCGUAGACAUGUGCUUCGGACUAUCCCUGAAGUAAAAAAUGUCUCAAAGUCAACUAUAAGGCGCCUCCUCCUACCGCCACAAAAGAACAGAAAAGCUGCCAGCAGAUAUACCGGUCUUGUUGAAGCCAAAGUCCCACCGAAACGAAAUGAUCUAACUGUGAAUGAACACGCAGAUUUCCACUUCACUUGUGCCCAAGUGAAUUAUAUCGGCGAACUUUCAGAGAUGCUUGUUAAUGAAACAGUAGCGUUGUCUACAGACGACAAAAAUAAGUUAAAUGUGGGUACUUUAGCAGUUAGUCGUUAUUUUAAUCAAGGUAAAUUUUUUAUGACAAAUGAUCAGCCAAAUUAUCCUGACCACGAUUUUCCUUUCAGUGGCGCUAAACUCAUCCCAGCAGGCUACCUUUUACUGAAGUCUAGGAUUAGAAGGUCACGUAGUUUGUCUCCCCCACCUAGGUUCUCUGGUAAUGUUAAAAAAAGGCGUUCGUCCUCUCAGCCAGCACUUUUACGUUAUAAAUCAAGGGAGAAACUUCACGAAAUGAAGUAUAGAGAUGAAUUGGGAAGGGAGAGAAUUUCUUGGCCACGCACUGGCCAAGUCAGUGUUUAUUUGUAUGCCUCUCUGUUCUACAGCAGUACCAGCGCUUUACAUGCCAGCCACCUAGAAGAAAUCUUAAAACCCAUAGUAGAAUGCGAAAAUAAGGGGGCUGUGACGAUCUUAUGUGAUGGGGGACCUGACUGGAGCACAAAGUGUACUCCAAAUUUAAUUAAUUAUGGGCGAUUGUGGAAACGUCUUAAAUUAGACGUACUUGUUUUGACUUGCUAUGCACCAGGGCACAGUAGAUUUAACCCAAUCGAACACUGUUGGGCCCCUCUUUCCAAAAAGCUAACAGGCGUGACACUGCCUAUCAGUCUUUGUGAAGACAUACCUUCCCCAUGGGUAGAAAACGGUUUGUCAAACGAAGAAAGGUUAAAAAAAAAAGGGGAAGUUCUGAAUCAUGCCAUUGAGACAUGCAAAAAAUAUUGGCACAAUAAGAGGUAUGAUUCUUUUCCUAUUAAGGUUGUAAGUGUACCAUGCGAAGGGUGUGCUCCUCUUGAACGAGAUCACGAGCUACUGAAAACCUUUUCUGAUGCAAGCGCUCGUAAAAUACGGAAAAGCGCCGAAUUAUCAGAUAUCCAGAAGGAGUAUCAGUUUUUAGUAAUGCAUUGCUGUAGGAAAACGUAUCAGCUGCAAUUUUCACGCUGCGAUCAGGAUUCUUGCGGGCAUUGUCGCACAACACCAGUUCGUGCUGAGAGGUUUUUAAGCAUUCUUCAAAAAAAUGGUGAUGUACUGCCAACUCCCACCUUGAGUUUAAUUCACAAGGGUCAUUAUGACACAAUGCUGCACCAAGUGUCAGCUAUAGAGAGUAGUCAAAAAUCUUUGGGCGUUGACGAAGGUUUGCCUAGUUUAAAAGGUAAAAGGGUACCUUUGUGCCCAUUUGGUUGUCGUUAUGUGUUUUCAAGCCACGCUGAUGCUCUUAGACAUUGUCGCCUGAUGGAUCACUCAGCGAUAAGAGGGUGGCGGUCAAAACUUCCAAAAUUCAGGUAG